AUAUCUCUCUCUUCCAACCAUUGCCAAGUGCUGAUGAGGAGCAUGAUGAAGAUGACACUUUGAUCAGUCCAACAAGGAAAAGAGGACACAGGUCUGCCAAUUAUUCAUCAGAUGAAGAUGUUGCCUUGAUCAGGGCAUGGGAGUUUGUGUCCCUUGAUGCCAUUGCAGGAGUUGAUCAGAGUAGUAGCACUUAUUGGAGCCGCAUCUCAGAGCACUUUCACCGUAAUGCCAAUACAACAAUGUCUAGAACAAUCGGGUCGCUCCAGCAUCGUUGGUCUACAAUCCAAGAAUGUUGUAACAAAUGGAAGUCAUGUCUUGCCCAAGUUGCUCGCCAACAUCCAAGUGGAGUCCCACUUCAAGAACAAGCCAACCUCGCGCAGGAGAGGUACAAGGCCAUGGAUCAGCAGAAGCAUAGGCCCUUUACCAUGCAACAUUGCUGGACAUUGCUGCAAAACAAUCAGAAGUGGAUAGACAGGGAGUUUGAAUGCCCACCAAAGAAGCCAAGGUCCAACUGUUCAUCUUCAACUGAUUUUGAAGCUCAUGAGGAGGAUGAAGGGACUGAUGAAAUGAGCAAGAGGCCUGCAGGGAGGAAGAAGGAGAAAGAUAGGUCGAAGAAAGAUGCCGGUGGCUACAAGGAGGCGAUACAAAAGAUGAUCGAAUCAAAGGAGAAGCUUGCGGUUGACAAGGACUCAAGGUGGACGGAAAUCAAGGCCAUUGAGGAGCGCAAAGUUGCAAUUGAAGAGCGCAAAGUAGCUGCGGAAGAGCGCAAGGCAGCAAACGAGGAAGAGAGGCUAAGGCUCAAGGGUGAGAAGGCACGGGCUCAAGCAGCUGCGGAAGAGCGCAAAGCAGCUGCAAAGAAGAAGGACGAGGACCAAAAAAUCAUGUUCAUGGACACGAGUGCUCUUGAUGACACACAGAGGGCAUAUGUCGAGGCCAUGCGUGCUAAAAUUCUAGCUAAAAUACUAGGAGGCAGUGGAAGUGGGAGUGUCUAGUGCUUCUUUGGUGUCUAGUGUCUAGUGUCUAGUGUUUGCAAUGUGUUCCUAGUUUAUCUAGCCUGAACAGAUGUGUCUAGUGUUUGCUAGCAUUAUUGCAGUUGCAGCAGCAUCAGUUUACCAUUACCAUUGUAUCAGUUUGAUAUCAGCAUCAGAU